AUGGGCUACGCGACCACCUUUCUCUACUCGCAGCUCUUUGUCAAGCUGCCUUACCCGCAGUCCGACUUCUCCGACCAGGUUGUCAUCGUCACCGGCUCCAACACCGGCCUGGGCCUCGAGGCCGUCAAGCACCUGGUCCGCCUCCGCGCCGCACGUGUCAUCCUUGCCGUGCGCUCCGAGUCCAAGGGCCAGGCCGCCGUCGAGCAGGUUGUCGCCGCCACCAAAUGCUCAGCCAAGCGCCUGGAAGUGUGGCCGCUGGAUCUCUCCAGCUACCAGUCCAUCAAGCAGUUUGGCGAGCGCGUGCGCACGCUUGAUCGCCUCGAUGCCGUCAUCCAGAACGCCGGCAUUCUCACCACCAAGUGGGCCCUUGCCGAGGACAACGAGAGCCACAUCACCACCAAUGUCAUCAGCCCCAUGCUGAUUGGCCUCGAGGUGCUGCCCAAGCUGCGCGAGAGUGCGCAAAAGACGGGCCUGCGCGGCCGCCUCGCCUUCGUCGGCAGCGACCUGCAGUACAUCGCCAAGUUUUCCGAGAAGAAGCACGGCGCCAGUAUCUUCGCCGCCCUCAACAAGCGGGAAAUUGCCGACAUGGACGACCGGUACAAGGUGUCGAAGCUGUUGCUCCUGUACGGCGUGCGCGCCCUGGCACAGCUCAGCCCGCUGACGCCCGAGUCCAAUGUCAUCAUCGACAACCUCACCCCCGGCGCGUGCAAGAGCGACAUCUUCCGCGACGAUGUCAACUGGUUCCAGCGCAUUAUCAUGAACCUGGCUAUUUCGCUGAUUGCCCGCACGACGGAGCAGGGCAGUCGCACCUUGGUCCAUGCGGUGAAACCGGAACUCGGUCCCGAGGCUCACGGCGCCUUUUUGAUGGACUGCAAGGUCGCUCCCAACGGCGCCAAUGUCGACGGGCCGGAGAACGCCAAGCUGCAGGACCGCUUCCGGGAGGAGCUGUUUGCGCGCCUAGAGCAAAUUUCGCCCGGCAUUACGAAGCUUUGA